AAUAUGUGCUAUAUAUACUGUAUAUUCUAUCGAAAUUCGGGACUACCUAGAAACAGAAAAUGGAGCAAACACUCGGUGCAAAACCCACUGUGAAAGCUGUGGCUAUUAUCUCUGGAGAUGCCAACGUUAGAGGCUCACUUUACUUUGUUCAAGGCCCCAAUGGAGUUACUCAUGUUAAAGGGAGAAUUACUGGACUGAAACCAGGCCUUCACGGCUUCCAUAUUCACGCUCUUGGUGACACCACCAAUGGCUGCAAUUCUACUGGACCUCAUUUUAAUCCACUAAAGAAGAAUCAUGGAGCUCCCAGUCAUGACGAGCGGCAUGCUGGUGAUUUGGGUAACAUUAUUGCAGGCUCAGAUGGACUAGCUGAGGUUUCAAUUGCGGACAGGCAGAUUCCUUUAAGUGGACAGCACUCUAUACUAGGGAGGGCAGUUGUUGUACAUGCUGACCCUGAUGAUCUUGGACAAGGUGGGCACGAACUUAGCAAGACAACUGGUAAUGCUGGAGCCAGAGUUGGAUGUGGUAUCAUUGGGCUUCAAUCCUCUGUUUAGAGACAUUGCUUGUGUUCUGAUUAAAAUACUUUUAUGGGCUAUUUCCUAGUCAUAAGCUGCAUGAAAUCUCAUGGUAAUCAAGUUCUUGACAAGUUAUUUGUUUUUACUUUGAACAGAUAUGAUUACUCAAUAAUAUUUUCAGUCGGCUGAACUUUGUGCCAUUUUGUUCUGUAAUUAGUUGUACCGCUUAAUUUAUGGUUUUUGUUUGUAACAUUGGAUGAGCUUUCUACUGAUAUAUUGAUACUGUAAAUUGAACUA